AUGACACCACUGACCCUAUUUAUCUACGGCCGUUUCUUCCUUGACGUGCAGCAAAUACGGAUCCCCUACCUGCAGAUUGCUGGCCAGCUGCUCUACGUUGUCAUACCAGUCAUCGCAGCUGCCCUCCCCUGGAUUGGCUUCCUGCUCGCCGGUCUGAUCACCUUUCUGCUUCGAAGGUCGCGGGCUGAAGUCCUCACAAUCGCCAUAGAGACGGGUAUCCAAAACAUCGGCAUUGCCAUCCUCGUGCUGAUCUACUCAAUGCCCCAACCAGAGGGUGACAUCGGUGCUGUGAUGGCCCUGAUUGUGGCCCUCCUCACCCCGUCGCCUCUGAUGAUCGCGGCUAUUUUUGUCUGCGUUCAAGCUGGAGAGUGCUGCGCUUGCUGCUACUGCCGAAAAGAACACCAAGACACACCGCCGGCAGAUAAGAUGGAUCAGGUUGUUGGGCAGAUUGGCGUGAAUGAGGAUCAC